GUUGACUCCUACGAUGUGAUUGUGGAAGAAGAUCUUGGAGAAAUUCAGCUAAUAAAAAUUGAGAAACGGAAAUAUUGGUACCAGGAUGAUUGGUACCUUAAGCAUAUCACUGUAAAAACACCAAUGGGGGACUAUUUGGAGUUCCCGUGUUACCGCUGGAUUACAGAUGAAAAAGAGGUUGUCCUUCGAGAUGGAAGAGCAAAGCUACCCCGAGAUGACAAGACUCAGAUUCUCAAGCAGCAUAGACGCAAAGAGCUUGAGACUCGUCAGAAGAUGUACCGCUGGAAGGAGUGGCAUCCAGGCUUUCCUCUGAGCAUUGAUGCCCAUUCUCACAGUGAUCUGCCUCGUGACAUCCAGUUUGACAACGAGAAGGGAAUUGACUUCAUUCUGAACUACUCCAAAGCGAUGGAGAAUCUUUAUAUCAACCGUUUCAUGCACAUGUUCCAGUCCUCCUGGAGCGAUUUUGCAGAUUUUGAGAGGAUCUUUGUCAGAAUCAGCAACACCAUUUCAGAAUAUGUGAUGCAGCACUGGAAGGAAGAUUUUAUGUUUGGCUAUCAGUUCCUGAAUGGAUGCAAUCCUGUGCUGAUCCGGAGAUGCACAGAGAUACCCAAGAAGAUGCCUGUGACUAUGGAGAUGGUAGAAUGCAGUCUGGAGAGGAACCUGACGCUGGAGGAGGAAGUGAAGCAAGGAAACAUUUUCAUUGUGGACUAUGAACUGCUGGAUGGUGUGGAUGCCAAUAAAACAGACCCAUGCACCAUACAGUACUUGGCUGCACCCAUUUGUCUGCUGUAUAAGAAUCUGGAGAAAAAAAUUUUACCCAUUGCAAUACAGCUUGGUCAAAAGCCUGGGCCAGACAACCCCAUAUUCCUUCCUUCAGAUGCCACAUAUGACUGGCUGCUAGCUAAAAUUUGGGUGCGCUCAUCUGAUUUCCACAUCCACCAGACAGUGACCCACCUCUUACGGACACACUUGGUCUCAGAGGUGUUCAGCAUAGCUAUGUUCCGGCAGCUGCCUGCUGUACAUCCCCUCUUCAAGCUCUUGGUGCCACACAUGCGAUUCACAAUAGCCAUCAAUACCAAAGCCCGAGAACAGCUUAUCUGUGAAUGUGGCCUUUUUGAUAAGGCAAAUGCCACGGGUGGAGGAGGACAUGUACAAAUGGUGCAGAAAGCAAUGAAGGAUCUGACUUACAGCUCCCUCUGCUUCCCUGAUGAGAUCAAAGCUAAAGGGAUGGACAGCAAAGAGGAUAUCCCCUACUACUAUUACCGGGAUGAUGGCAUUAAAGUCUGGGAGGCUAUAAAGAGUUUUGCAGAGGACGUGAUUCACAUCUACUAUGAGAGCGAUGAGGUGGUGUGUGAGGAUGUGGAGCUCCAGGCCUUUGUCAAAGACAUUUACGUCUAUGGGAUGAGAGGUGUCAAGGCCUCAGGCUUUCCUAAGAUGAUCAGGACACGAGAGACACUAGCAGAAUAUCUCACAGUGAUAAUAUUCACCACAUCGGCUCAACAUGCAGCUGUGAAUUUUGGUCAGUAUGACUGGUGCUCCUGGAUCCCCAAUGCCCCACCAACCAUGCGCUGCCCUCCACCAACGGAAAAGGGGACAGUCACCAUCGAACAAAUUGUGGAGAGUCUGCCAGACAGGGGACGUUCUUGUUGGCAUCUUGGAGCUGUCUGGGCCUUGAGCCAGUUCCAGGACAAAGAACUCUUUCUGGGCAUGUACCCAGAUGAACACUUCGUGGAGAAGCCGGUGAAAGAGGCUAUGGCAAAAUUCCGCAAGAAUUUGGAUGAGAUUGUCAACACCAUCACUGAGCGCAACAAGAACAAAAAGCUUCCUUACUACUACCUUUCCCCAGAUCGCAUUCCCAACAGUGUUGCUGUUUGA